AGAUCCCUGAGCAGGCAUGUAAUAACUGGUACCAAGACCCUAAUCUUUAUGCACGGACAGAGAGCUGGUAACACCAGAAGGAUGAGAGACACUUUUCCAGCAUUAGUCCUGUGCCUGGCGAUGUCCGGAUCAAUUUAUUGCUAUUGGCACUAUGAGAAACAACAGGCUCAACCAAGCGAUAUGCAGGAAAUAGGUUUUGUUAAACCGAGAGUCAGAAGACAGCUAGCAAAGUGCUAUGUGACUGAUGCAGGAAUGGCAUGCACCUGCGCGGACGGAUACAAGUGGAAUAUCACUGCAUGUUAUUCCUAUGCUCCGUGUAGCAACACCUCCUCCUUCUGCUCCUGCCUGCUCGUGCCGGAUAGCAACAUUCCAUCUUGUGAAAUCCCUCAGAACACUUCGGACAAAAAAGUUACCAUCACAGGAUCAUUUACCCUGAAUGAAACCUUUACAACAGAUCUUCUUGACCCAACCACAGUAAAGUACAAAGCUUUGGAAUCCAAUAUAACGCUCACUCUUCUCAAUGCUUACACACAGAGCUGUAACCCUAUCGAUGUGUCAGUGCUUGGCUUCAGUCCGGGAAGUGUGGUGGCAAGCUACAGGAUGUCGCUAUUCGGUCCACUCUCCGUCAUGCAGGUGAUAACCAGCGCCGCGUUGGCUGCACAAUCUCUUCGUACCAUCAUUUCAUCCAAGCUCUCUACAAAAGGUUUGGCUUCUAUUGAGCCCACAGACCUGGAAGUCAAAAUGUGGGACCCAAUAAAGCUUACCUGCAAAAUCAAUGAAACGGUGACUGCCGUGGCGUGGUCCCUGAUCGCCAAUAACAUCACCAACACGAUAUUCAGUGAUGGAGGAAACGUGGAAGUGUCAACGGAUUAUCUCCCAGACAAAACAGUCUCCAUUCUCUACGUCAGUAGUACAGAUCAGUGGUGGGAAGGAGAGCUAAACGAGUUAGCCGACUCCCUAUCCAGGAAGAAGUUAACACUGGAUCGGGCGACUCUGAGACCAGAAGUUUUCACCAGUAUCGUGAAAACCUUUGGUCAAACGCAGGUAGACCUGUUUGCAACUCCAUCGAACACACAGGUCCCAACCUUUGUGUCCAAAAUCUGGUCUCAAGGGGCUCUCCACUCGGACGCAAUGUCCUUUCCGUGGACAGAACUAGUUCUCCCAUAUGCUUUCCCUCCCCCAGCCAUGCUAUUGAAGGGCUUACGGAAAACAAGAUGUACCUUAGAUUACUCAAAGGUAUCUUCUUGUCUAGGCCUCCAUGUCCGCGAUACUCUUCCACGUACGUAUGUCUGUGAAUUGUACAAUGGCAGUCUGGUACACUCAGCAAAAGCACACGUCAAUGUGACCCUCCUCCCAUCUCAGAUCAUUGCUGACCCGCUGCAGAAGAGUCUGACCAUGAUGGACACGUCGCAGCUGCUCUUACAGUGUUGUGUGGCAUCUGAUGGCGAGGCGUAUAAUGUGACCUGGACCUACGGCAACAUUACCCAGGCAGCACGGCGGGGAAAUCAGACGGAUGUGAAAUGUUACACACUGACCCCUCCUCGCCCAGCUAACGAUAUUAAUUACACUUGUACUUUUACAAAUAAAGCCGGACAGCGGAAAGAGACCUCUAUACCUGUGACUGUGAUCGGAGUAAUACAGCUGCAUAGUAAUGAGGUGUUUUUCCUAGUGGGAGACAAAUAUUGCAGCAUUAAUGUGAGCUGUGGUGUUUCCUGGGAUGUGACAAAAGCUGGUGUGUCAGCCACUGUGUCCUGUCCUCUGGGGAAAUCUGGAUUUCUGACCCGCCAUUGCCCAGCAGAUGGAGUGUGGCUGCCUGUACAAGAUAAUUGCAUCAGUCCGGUCCUGCAAGCGGCACUGAUGUCUGUACAGGUAUUGGAAAACGGGCUGGGGAUCCCUCAGUUAGAAGUUCCCCAAUUAAUCCAGCAGAUUUCAAUCACAAAUGGGACAUUUAUAAACAACACGGCAGAAGUAUCAGCGCUGGUCACCAUAUUGGAAACCAUCUCCACAGUAACCACGGCUGUUAACAGUACAUUUGGUGUAGACGUUGUUACCAGUUUCCUCACAGUGGCCAGUAACCUCACAGAUCCCUGCUACUUCCCGCUCUGGAAAAGCCCCAGCAGCCCACCCGCUUCAAAAGUGCUGCAAUUUGUGGAGCAGUUCAGCCAACUUCUGCAGGUCAACUACGGAACCUUUGAAAUUGAUGUAGAAAACAUCUACUUAAGGGGCAGCUCCUAUGAAAAGGGGCGUUCCGGCCAAACCUACGAACAGACAUUUGACAAAUACCUUGGGGUGGGAGUGUCGAUAAAUCAACAAACCAUAUCUUCACUGCUUCAAGAAAGUGAUGUUAAAAUCGGAGAUCUCCUACCAGGAAAAACUGAGAAACUCAAUGACUUGCAAAUAAAUAGUCUUGUACAAUCGACCUCUAUAAGGCUAUCAGAUGGAAGGCCUGCAUCCUCCAGUAUAUUAAUGUCAUUCAGGAUAAACAACACAGAUGACAGGUACUCUCAGCAUUGUGUUUUCUGGGACUUCCCUGAAGACUCAUGGUCGGACGUUGGUUGCACAUCAAGCAUGGUGACCAAUACCACCAACUGCAGCUGCAACCACUUGACCUCUUUUGCCGUGCUCAUGUCUAUUAAUGUGGAAUAUUAUGCUAUAAUUGAUGAGAUUACCUAUGUCGGGCUUGCGGUUUCCAUUCUUUCCCUCUGCCUUUGUGUCUUGGUAGAAUGGUUUGUAUGGAGAACUGUAGUAAGAACAAACAUUUCGUACUUUCGGCACAUCUCUCUGGUCAACAUUGCAGUGUCCUUACUCUGUGCCGAUGUCUGCUUCCUGUCAUCUGCAUUUCCUUCCGUUAUAGUCGAAAAACUCAUCAGCAACUCCAUAACCUUCUUGAACCAUUUCUUCUACCUGGCCCUCUUCUUCUGGACCUUUGCCCAGAGCGUGAUGCUUCUCCACCAGCUUUUGUUUUUGUUCCACCACCUGAGAAAGAGAGUUUUUAUUUCACUUUCAUUCUUUGUUGGCUAUUUUGUCCCCCUGAUCAUAGCUGCUGGGACUUUUUUGUAUUUCUACCCGAAAGGCAGAUACAGCCAUGCCAACGUGUGCUGGCUAAAUCCACAAAGUGGCGCUAUUUAUGCCUUCGCUAUACCAGCUGGGUCCAUCAUUGUGUUUAACCUCUUUACACUGCUGGUAGUCAUCGCCAAGUUGUCCAGGCCAUCUGUUUCUGAUGCAAGCCUUCCAGAAGACAGGGACACAGCUAAAAGCAUCUUGAAAGCUAUCCUAGUAUUGACACCAGUCUUUGGAUUGACAUGGUCUUUUGGUUUUGCUCUACUGACUGAUCUUGAUUAUCUGACGAAGCAGGUUUUCACCUAUGGAUUUGCUGGGAUGAACGCUUUUCAGGGCUUCUUUAUUUUGUUGACUUGCAUCACAGAGAGAAAGGUGCGGGAAGCGAUCUUCAGCAAGUCAUCAUCUUCGCCAACUUCCACAACCACGCUCGCUUCUGAGCUCUCCAGCAAGACGUCUUCCUCCAUAAAGAAAGAGAAGUGAUGGUCAUUGACUGGAAAUGAUGCUGCAACAUGACCAACUACAUUAUAUGCUUUACCAGAGGACCCAGAGCCAGAGACUCAAACAUAUCUCUUACGCACAAGCGAGUUCUGUCCUUCCAAGAUCUGGAUCCGUGGUUUCUAUGCCACGUGGGCAUACGCUUGUGGAUGCCAGUGUGUUACUGCCUUGGUAACCAUAUAUAAGUUUACACAAAUGACUUUAUUCCACUGUAUGUAUAAAGUCCUGCACAUUAUAUCUGUAUAAACAGCAAAUUCAUU